AAACGGAGGCGAAACAUCCGAGCGGAGAAAGAACCUCGCAAAAUCCGACAAAAACAUAAAUAUCGCUGGGGGAGAGACGUCUAAACCCAGCGAUGGUGAAAACAUUUUCGCGGCAGAUGUAUUGAUGUCGUCUCUUCUGAGGCAGGAGAUGCAGAGAGUUUUAUUUCGUCCUUCAAAAGAGAGACUGGUGGAGUUUAUUGAGAUUGAAGAGCCGUCACAAGGAAGACAUUUUCUUUGUGUUUCAGUUGCAAAAAACAGAGUGGUGCAAUUAUGUAUAGUGCAAUGUCAGACAUCUCAUCCGUCCCUCAAGUCUGAAUCUAAGAAGUCCCACACCAAACGCUCUAGCAUUCAGGACUGCUACAGGAGGACGGAGAUCUGGUCCCUGCAAGACCUGACUCUUGUUGACGGACGGGACCCUGAUGUUGAUGACCCCUGUUUCCUGCUGCACUUUGACAAGGUGCGGACAGUCACUGCCGUCAGCUGCUCAGCCAAAUACACUUUUGUGCGUGCCCUUGUUGCUCUCAGCGAUCAGCACUGUCAGAGGUCACUGAACUUGCAGAACUUUGACUGGGCCUACAUCAAACCCACUGCCUUCUACUCCAACAGAGGAGACUGUGUUGUAAUGUCACAGAUAUGUUUCUAUGCAUUAAAUUUAGUGUGUCUGUCCAUGUGUCCCGUGCCCCUGGACGCAUAAUAGAAUGAACCAGUGUGUGUGUGUGUGUGUGUGUGUGUGUGUGUGUGUGUGUGUGUGUGUGUGUGUGUGUGUACAUUUGUCAGUUAGAAAACUGUGGUGGAUUUACUGUAAACAACUUGUGUUGACUUGGAGGCUCAGAGUAAAUCUAGGCUUAUUGUUGCCUCUGUUGCACUACUAGGGCUUUGAUGUGGAGUUAUUCACCAUGAAAAGUCUUUUGCAUUAAUAUUCUGCUGAAUGUAUCUU